AUGGAGAAGGUGAACAUCGAGCCAUGUGUGAAGAUGGACACCCAAACCCUUGAUCUUCUCAAGAUAAGAGAUGAUGUCACAUGGUACAUAAGGAAGCUAGGCUUGAGCAAGCUCUUCAAGCUAGAAUGUAGUGAGUACUCACAACUCACCAAGGAGUUCCUCUCCACAGUAGCUCUUGCCUUUCCCAACCACAAUGGAGACCAACCAGCUGGUGAUGGACUCCUACUCUUCAAGAUAGGCGAUGCCAAUGGGCGCAUAUCUAUCUCAGCUCUAUGCCAACUCUUUGGACUUCCCAAUGAGACAGCACAUGACUUCAAGGAGAACUCAAAGAGGAAACAAGCUGCCUUUGCUGAUUGGACACACUUUGCCAAUGAACCAUUCUUGCCUUCAAGGUCAAAGGUGUCUAGAAUCACUCAUCCAGCCAUUCGCUAUGUGCACCGCCUCAUCUCCACCACUUUCCAAUGCAAACAAGAAGCCAACAAGGUCACAACUGAUGAGUUCUACACCUCAUAA